AUGAGCGGCCAGACCCGAGUUUUCCAGUCUUUAUCGCUCUUGGCACUCGUCCUCGCCCUAUCGCCCUUCGCCCCGUGCCGCGAUCCGUCGGCACACGACAUCUCGGCCCAUUCGCCGGAGAAUGGAACGCCCCCCGUGGCCUCGGCCACCAAGAACUAUGUUGUGAGGUUUUUGGAGUACAAGAGGGCAGAGGACCACCGUUCUUACAUCGAGGAGAAAAUUGGAUCGUUAAGCGGAUGGAGAUGGGUGGAGAGGAGGAACCCCGCGGCAUCCUUCCCUACGGAUUUCGGGCUUCUGGCCAUCGAAGAGUUGUAUCAUACUGUGGUGAUCAUGGAGCUGGAGAGGCUUCAGUUGGUGAAGGACGUGAUCGUCGACUCAAGUUAUACACGCACCCUAUUUGGGGAUAGUAGUGAGAAAUAUGUCGCCUUUUUAGAAUCAACGAAGCGUUCAGGGAAGUUGUUCACGUCAAUGUCUUACGAAGGAGAACAAAUUUACACUCCAUUUAGCAAUUCUACGAUAAGCUGGAGGAAACUCAUGAUGGACGUAUGUUCUUCUUUCUUCCACAUCAUUGAUAAUAGUUUAUAGCGUAUUUAUUUUCAUAUUAUCUGUUAAGAAUUGCUGAAUUCGUCAAGAAAUUGAUUUCUCAGUAUGUAAAUUAUUACUAGUUUUUCUCUUUAUUUUAAUUAUUAUCGUGUAGAUCUAUGUAUCAUAAUACUUCAUUAGAUGUAUUUCCCUUCUUUUUGAAUGGUCUGGUACGAAACAUCAAGAAUUACAUUGUCCGAGAUGUUUGGAUGGGGUUUCCCCUUUCUCAUGAGAUUAGGAUAAGCAAGCCGUUUCCAUUUUAUUGGGAAAACAUGGUUUUAUAUUUAUUUUUUCUUUGAUGCAGUUUUUUCCUAUUUCAGUGGAAGCUGUCUGAUUUAUCAGAGGAUGAACGAAAUAAUGAUGAUUAACAUGCCUUAAUGACUUUAGUAGGCUGUCUAGUUGUCUCUGGAUGGUUUUUUCUCGAUUCGACUCACCAUGAGCACCACGAGUUUUUCGACUGAUAUGAUCCAACUUGAUCCCGGAAUAUUCAUGUCGUGAUUGACAUUGGUAUCAGCUCAGUCAGUCCAAACAUCUGGGAGUUAGUCCAGACUGAUGCGUGUUGGGUCAACAUCAGUAAGGAUUGGCUGCACCAGCUUGCUACUCAUGACUUAUCAUGUGAGUUAAUGCGAGUUGCUCUCAAGCUACUCUAUUCACCUUGAUGUCUCUAGCGGUAUUAUUUCCGCUCAUCAUUGAUGCUGCCACUUCCAUUUCCACUUCCACUUCCUACAUUAUGGUCACUUCUUACUACUCUUUUGUUAUCAUUUCCAUUAGCCUCCCUCCCAUGAUUCCGCUGCCCACAUAUCACCCCUAUCCCCCACUUGCCCUUUGGUCCAUUUCCCUCAAUUGGUUCUUUUACUUUGACUAGGGGCAAUGACUACCAUGGUGGCAAUAUUCUGUUCCUUUCAGGUGUGCAUACUUCUGGAGGAUUGACCAGGUCUGUGUUCUGAUGGCUCUAUGUCCACCCUUUUUCGCCAUCUAGGCCUUCCUAAGGCGCUGGAACAUAAUCAGUUUUACCUUGAGUCAUCUUUUCCUUGAAAACUUAUUGUUUAAUGGCCAUUGACAAAAAUGUUCAGUGCCAUAAUGAGAGUUACCAAAACUUUAUAUCCCAAGUUUAGAGCAAAGCUAAUUCUCCAUGGUUGUACAUGCAAUCAGGUAUGACCUAAAUGUGUCACGACUUGUGGUAGCUGUUCUCCAGGAUUUAAAUCUAGAGCUGUGUUCACUUUUUUUCUUCUUGGGUUUACUAUGUUCGAACAUAUAUGAUUUGUAGGCUUCAGUUGACUUUCAAAAUACAACAGACAAUUGUUGUGCAGUAAAUGUACCUCAUUAGAUGGGUAUGACAGCCUUGAAAUUCUUUUUAUUGAUAUGCUUUCUGAUUCCUAAUUUGUGAUGCUUUUAUUUGUCACAGAGAUCUCAAGUAACAUCAUUGUUUGGAGCUGAAAAACUUUGGGCAAAAGGAUUCACCGGUGGAAAAGUGAAAAUGGCUAUUUUUGAUACUGGAAUUCGAGCUGAUCACCCCCAUUUCCGCAGUAUCAAGGUAAAGUUACCUGAUCCUUCUGGGGGUACUAACCAAAUAAUCUUAAUUAUUGAAAGCAGUUGUUUUAGCAGUUGGACUAUCUUAUGCUUAUCCUUAUCAUGUUUCAUAAGCUCCCAGAGGAAGUUAUCACUGAACUCCAGAAAUGCAGCCAUAUGUAGCUGUUGACCGGCUAUUGCACUAGUCAAAUUUAUGUUUUUUCAGUUGUUAACAAAUGUUAACGUAUUUAGCUAUCCAUGAAUAAAACCAAAAGCUUUGGUGUCUCAUCUAUGGAAUAAUGUAUCCCUGAAGGGGAAAACUCUUGAUCUUUAUGAAUAAGGUUUAGGAUAAGGUUAUGAAAUUUAGAUUGGGCAGAAGGAUGGAGUUCCUUUGCUUUUUAUGAAUAAGGUUUAAAGAAAGAUAUCUUAAGUUAGUUUUUUUAUCGUAUUCUGGCAUAUGGCCAGAUGUAAAGAGGAUUCUUUGUUCAGUUAGCUCUACAGACAUGCUUGCCUCUUUUUUUUGUGGUAGGAUUUCCACUCAUCCAUUUUUAGUGCUUUUUUGAACUAUAAUAGAUGUUUUUUUUUUUUCAACCAAGGGAAACGAGAUAGUAGAGCAUUCAGGUUGCAUCAGGAGAAAUAUUUUAUUUUUAAGAAUCAAUGGAUCUUGUUGAACUAACUUUGAUCAGUGCUUCCUAUUAUCUUAAAUUGAACACUUCCUUAAACAUUUAUAUCCUGUGACAAUAAUUGCUUCAGGAGCGCACGAAUUGGACUAACGAGGAUACACUCAAUGACAAUCUUGGUCAUGGAACCUUUGUGGCCGGAGUUAUUGCUGGAGAAGAUGCAGAAUGCUUGGGUUUUGCACCUGAUACUGAGAUUUAUGCGUUCCGUGUUUUUACUGAUUCCCAGGUAAUGCAUGUUUCCCAUUUAAAGAAGGCAAGCGAUGUUUUAAAUGUUUCUUUAAGUAUUAAAAACUGUUUUUUCAUUUCAUGAUACAUUUUUUGCUUGAGAACUAAAGACCCAUAUUUGGUAUGCAAAACAGCUCUUUUGGUAUAAAUUUAGUAUAUGUUAUUAGAAUACGACCAAAAUGCGGACUACCAGCAACUGUUUGCUAUUUGCAGACUAAAUGUCUGGCUUUGAGAUAGUUUCAGAAAUGGAUCCACUCUCGAGACCUAAGAUAUUGCUUUCUAUGACGUACAAGAAAAUUUAAAUUUUAGUUCAGGUUUAUCUUUCAGUUAUUUCGUUUGUGGUCUGCAUGCAGUCGGCCUAGAUAAGGGACUCCACACUGAAUUUUUUUGACUGUUAAUGACAAAAAAUGAGCAGCACAGACACUCCCUUGUUUGUGGAGGCAAGAAACAACAGUGUAUUUUUCGAUCAAGAACUACACAACUUUUGAGCUCCAUUGCUGUUGCUUAUCCCUGGAGUCUCUCCACGGACACUUUAUCUUCGUUCUCUUCUCCUAGGAUUCCACCGAUGUUGAGGCUAAGAUGUUGUAGGUUUUGGCGUAGUUAUGAGAAUCCUUUAUUCAGUUUUGAUGCAGGUAUCUUACACUUCAUGGUUUCUUGACGCAUUCAACUAUGCCAUUGCAACAAAUAUGGAUGUGCUGAAUUUGAGUAUCGGUGGACCUGAUUAUUUGGAUCUUCCAUUUGUUGAAAAGGUACUCUCACUCAUCUCUAUGAGCAUUAUCUGUUCAUGUUUUUCCUGUCGGCUUCCUGAAUGAUUAUCCUACUAUGGGUCGACCAGAAGUUUUCAAUUUUCAGUUUACACGAUUUGUGAGAUUGGGUACUAUUUGUCAUCUAUUCUGAUGAAGAUUCUUAGUUCUACUUUCGUACACUUGUAUCUUGUUGCAACAGUUAUAUCUGCUUCAAUAAAAUGAUGAAAAUGUGACUUCUGCAUAUUGCAUCUCCGGAGAGGUAAACCCAGGAUAUGCAGUUUAUAGGAAGAUCAUGGCUUUUGAUACCAAGGGUUCCAGCGAUGCUUCUAGGGAAGGGGCGGUUUGUGGGGCAUUUUAGAAAGCAGAAAGUGAAGAUUUCUACAAAAGUGGAAGCAAGGUAUUUGGCUGUAUGGCCUGGGGGCGGACAUCAGCUGCAAGUCCUUCUGGGCUACGAGUUUUUGACAAUAAACGUGAGUCAUGAUCUCCAAUGCGCUGCCCUCAGGCACUCUAGGGGUUUCAGCGUCAUCCCGGAACCCUAUGGUGCCAUCCAAAACGUAGAGAGCCUAUAUGUCGGGGGGUUAAGGAUUACGUAUUUUGAAUGGAUACCAGAAAGAGAACGGUGAAAAUGUCAUUUUUCAUGAACUGAAACGAGAUUUGAAUUAUAGAAGAGAACAAUAGGGAUCCAAAUGUAAAAACGAACAGUAUCAAUCUGGAGUUUUUCUUGGGAUUUUUUCUCUUACUCUAGUCAACUGCACUAAGAUGAAUUACAUUGAUAGUCUUUUGGAAGAUCACGAUUCAUUCUUCUCUAGUGAGACUAUUUAGAAGGAGAAUAUGGUGGAAUGACCUUAUGCAAUUUUGUAGAGCAAUAAGCGAGUGUAAUCUGGAAUUUUGCUGUUAAAUCACCCUGGGAAAGUUACGUUUUAGCAUUGAGUUCACAUUAAUUCCUCAUGCUGUUUAUGUUCAGUCUAGAUAUGUAGUAAUCGAGGCUGAAGAAUGCUGAAUUGAUCUGAUAAAUCCUGCGCCACUCUCUUGGGAUAACUUCUCAGGUGUGGGAACUCACCGCCAAUAAUAUAAUAAUGAUCUCGGCUAUCGGCAACGACGGGCCCUUGUAUGGCACACUGAACAAUCCAGCUGACCAGAGUGACGUCAUCGGUGUUGGUGGCAUCGACUACGAGAACCACAUAGCUUCCUUCUCUUCUCGUGGCAUGAGCACCUGGGAGAUUCCUCACGGGUAAGCUCUGGGGGGCCUUCUUUACCUGUGAUCACAGAUCACUUUCAAGGAUACGAAUGUGUAUUCCACUUGCUUUUCUUCCCCAUUUUUUUAUUUUUUAUUUUAAAAAAAAGCUAGUUUCUCCGUCUGGUAGUUUUGCUCAGUUCAGAGCUUCACCCUGAAUUUCUUACCAGGUAUGGGCGUGUGAAGCCCGACGUCGUAGCCUAUGGCCGGGAUAUAAUGGGCUCCAAGAUCAGCACAGGCUGCAAGAGCCUCUCGGGCACCAGUGUCGCAAGCCCGGUGGUCGCCGGUGCUGUGUGCCUGCUCGUGUCAGUCAUUCCUGAAAAAACCCGAAAACGUAUUCUAAACCCUGCAAGCAUGAAGCAGGCCUUAGUGGAAGGCGCGUUCAAGCUCCCUGGUCCCAACAUGUUCGAGCAAGGCGCCGGUAGACUCGACCUGUGAGCUCAUCCUCCUCAGCUCAGGUUCCUCUUUCUCUCACAAGAAUAGAAUCUCGUGGGUUUCUCAAUUGUUAUUCUCUAUCCGCAGACUGAAGUCGUAUGAGAUCCUGAAGAACUACCGGCCGAGGGCCAGCAUCUUCCCCAGCAUUCUCGACUACACGGACUGCCCCUAUUCCUGGCCAUUCUGCCGGCAGCCGCUCUACGCCGGUGCAAUGCCGGUGGUGUUCAAUGCGACAAUUCUCAACGGGAUGGGCGUCGUCGGCUACGUCGGCGGGCCCCCAACCUGGCAACCCUCCGACGAGGUCGGGAAUCUGCUGAGCAUCCGCUUCUCGUACUCACAAGUCAUCUGGCCCUGGACCGGCUUCUUCGCUCUGCACAUGCAGAUCAAGGAAGAGGGCGCACAUUUUUCAGGCAUCAUCCAAGGCAAUGUGUCGGUCGAAGUUUACAGCCCGUCGCUGGACCCGGGAGGUCAACGCCAGAUCAGUUCCUGCGUGCUCCACCUGAAGCUCAAAGUCGUGCCGACACCGCCAAGGUCAAGGCGGCUCCUCUGGGACCAAUUUCACAACAUCAAGUACCCACCGGGCUACAUCCCUCGGGACUCCCUGGACGUCAGGAACGACAUCCUUGACUGGCAUGGAGAUCACCUGCACACCAACUUCCACAUCAUGUUCAACAUGCUGAGUGACGCCGGCUACUACGUUGAGACGCUCGGCUCGCCGCUCACCUGCUUCGACGCCAGCAAGUAUGGGGCGUUGCUGAUGGUUGACCUCGAGGAUGAGUACUUCCCGGAGGAGAUUGAGAAGCUGCGGGACGAUGUUCUCCGCGCUGGGCUUGGGCUCGUCGUCUUCGCCGAGUGGUACAACGUUGACUCCAUGGUCAAGAUGAGGUUCUUCGACGACAACACGAGGAGCUGGUGGACGCCGGUCACCGGUGGCGCCAACGUCCCCGCGAUCAACGAGCUGCUGGCCCCCUUUGGGAUCGCCUUCGGGGACAAGAUCUUGAACGGCGACUUCUCCAUGAAUGAUGAACAGAGCCACUACGCCUCUGGGACCGAUAUAGUGAGGUUCCCCGCCAGCGGCUACGUCCACAGGUUCCAGUUCCAGGACAGCUCGGAGAGCGGCGCCACGCAGAACGUGCUCCAGGCUUCUGGGUCGACCAAGGUGAGCAGCCUCUGGCGGGCCAUCAGGGUUGACCAGCCCAUUCUAUUUUCUGACUCCGGCAGAUUGUUUCAGGUCAACUAUUCUAUUCUUGGGCUUCUGGAGGCUGCCGCCGGCCGGGUCGCCGUGUACGGAGACUCCAACUGCCUGGACAGCAGCCACAUGGUGACCAACUGCUACUGGCUGCUGAGGAAGAUCCUGGAUUUUACCAACAGGGGCGUCAAGGACCCGGUGCUCUUCUCCGAUUCAGCGAGGAGAGAUCUCCCCCUUCGCGAGGAUGACAGCAAGCUGCCCUCCCGGAGGACCGACGUCAACUUCUCCGCAUACUCUUCGGUGGUGAGCAAGGAGUUGACUUGCGGGCGGGAUGCCAGGUUUGAAGUGUGGGGGACCAAAGGGUACAGGCUCCAGCUGAUGGGGCGGAACAGGAAACUGCCGGGCUACCCUACGCUGGAUUUGGGAGCUGAUCUCAAGGGAACCAUGGGAGGAUCCAACUUCUCGCAGGGUGAACCAGAGAGGAAGGUUGAAGAGAACCCAUUGGAAGCGCCCACUAGAACCAAGCUCGGCAGGAGCGUGGACUUUCUCAGCUUGAUUAACCGUGAAGAGGUAAACUCUGUCUCAUCCUACAGUCUCCUGAUUCUCAGCUUAGAAAGGGGGUCAAGUCAACCGCCCUGGUUUCGAUUGCUCGGAAGAAUCUAGCCGGCGAUGGCUGAAGAAUUAUUGCCUUUCUUGCGCAGCUCGACGGCUCCAUGUUCAUCGCCGGCCAGUGGCUUGGACCCUUCAUCGUUGGCGUCGCCUGUAAGCACUUCUUCGUCCUCGAUCUCUUGCGAUGUGAAAACGUAUCAUCAAUCACGAGCCAUGGAUUCGUUCUGCUGCAUGGCAUCACAGGUCUUGCGUUAUUUGUGAGCUACUGGAGGAUGCGGCAGCGGAGGAGGAAGCGGAGGAAAGCUCCGGCCCCCGCCCGCUCCACAAACGCUGUGUAG